AUGGGCAUCUUACGCGGCCUGUUCCUGUCUUCUUUUGUGCUCUGCGCAUCCUUCGUCGCCCGCGGUAGAGGCGAUGCGACGCAGCAGCCCCUACUCCGCAGCAAUGACACCACGCUGAUCUCGCAGGCCCUCUUCUGGGAACUCGAAGAACUCGCGCGCAUUGUCGACAUAUCCUACUGUGUAGGCACAGCGGGCUUGGGCAUCCAGAAGCCGUUCAAAUGCGCCAGCCGCUGUGGAGACCGCGACUUUGAGACGUUCGAGUUGGUCACGGCAUGGAAUACUGGUCCUUUCCUGUCUGACUCCUGCGGUUAUAUCGCGCUCUCGCAUUCUCGUACCAAUCCACGCUUGAUCCUCGCCUUCCGAGGCACCUACUCUGUCGCCAACACCAUCGCGGACCUCUCUACCAUCCCACAAGAAUACGUGCCAUACCCUGGCGACGAUGACGACGAUACUUCAGACUUCAUUGCGCCUGUGCUAGACGUAGAUGACGAUGCGCCACCUGCAGAGCCGCCAAAGUGCGAGAACUGUACUGUGCACACGGGCUUCUAUUCCUCCUGGCUCAACACACGCAAGGUGGUUCUGCCACAUGUAUCCAAGGCUAUGGAGAAGUAUCCCGACUACAAGCUGGUCUUGGUGGGACACUCUUUGGGCGGUGCUAUAGCAACUCUCGCCGGGCUAGACUUCAAGGCUCGUGGAUGGGAACCCCAUGUGACCACCUUCGGCGAACCACGACUAGGCAACAAGCACUUCAACAAGUACGUAGAUGAGCGCUUUGGCAUCACCACGGACCACGACCAUAACAAACUCCACCGUGUCACUCAUAUUGGCGACCCGGUACCUUUGCUGCCGCUAUCGGAAUGGGGCUUCAGCAUGCACAGCGAAGAGAUAUUCAUAUCCGAGUCAAGCCUACCCUUCUCGGUAGCCGACAUCCACUAUUGCGAGGGCGACGAGGAUACGCACUGCAUUGCCGGGAGCGAUGAGGAUAAGCCUGCCUGGGGCGUGCCCACCCGCUUCAAGUUCUGGCAGCUGUUCUUUGCCCAUCGCGAUUACUUCUGGCGACUGGGACUGUGUCUGCCAGGCGGUAAUCCGCGAGACUGGUACGACAAGUACCCCAGACACAGCACAGACGACGAUGACGACGAUACACCAGAGAUCAUGGAGUUGUAG